AUGAUAGCAGCUAUGUUGAGUUUACUGUUUUGGUGUCCGGUGCUCGCGGCGGUGCAGACUUUGACCAUAGACUCGCAACUCGGGACUUCAAUUGAAGACUGCUUUGACCGCAUAUCGAUCGGCGAGCAACUCUCGCCGGACGCCAUCUAUCGGAACAUCACGGAACUAACGACGCACGAGUGCGAGACGCUAUGCAAACAGGACAAGCAAUGCCAGACAUUUGAUUACGGGGUUGGCGCAAAAGGCAACGCAACCUGUAACCUCAGCACCCUCGGCGACUCAGACCUUCGCGCCCAGAACCAGAUCCAGCGCCACCCUGACUACGACGUCUACGUCCGCAGGGUCCUCUGCGAGCAGAUGGCCCCCUCCCCCCUCCAACCCCAGUUUGACGAGGAAAACCCCCCACUCCACCGCCCUAUCUUCCGCCCUGAUGAAGAAGAACCCAAAAACCCCCUAUCUGAUGACUUCGCAGACUUAAGGCCUUUUGAAACCAGACCAAACUUCGGACCGCCAAGACCUAACUAUAUAGACCUCGAUAGACCUGAUGAUUACAAUUCAAAACCGAGUUUAGAUAACCCUCCUAGCUAUGGAGCGCACAGACCUCCUGAAAUACCGUACAGGCCAAUCAGACCUUUAAGACCUUACCCUGAACCAAUUCGACCUGAUCUGUAUAUGCCUGAGAGACCAUGGGUAAGACCAGGUGACCCAUAUAGACCACAACGACCAAGACCAGAUGUACCGUACGGUCCUGAAAAACCUUUAAAGCCAGAGGAUUACAGACCUAUAAGACCGAAUGACCCAUAUGGAUCUGAUCUAAGACCUGAUGAUCCUUACAAGCCGGAUAGACCAUUAAGACCGGAUCCUUAUAGACCUGAAAGGCCAGGCUCAUAUAGACCCGAUGAACCUUACAGACCUAGUUAUAAUAGGCCUUAUAACCAUUCGCGUCCAAAGCCGGAUCCAUAUGAUGAGCUGCAGUUCCAAGGGGGCUACGGAAGACCAAAACCAGACCCAGGUCUUUGGAGACCAGACCCUAUCUAUCCGCCUUCACCAAACGAUGAUGUUCCUGACUUAUACGGACCUAAGCCAGUAAGACCUGAAAGACCUCCAUAUAAACCCGAAGACCCAGAGUAUCACUACAUUGUCAGACCAAAUAAGAAACCAAGACCUCAACACGAGUACAAUAAACCUGCUGAAGACCCAUAUAAACCUAAUAAACCUGACUAUGAAUCAAACAGACCUGAUCCUUACUCACCAAUUAAACCUGAUCCAAUUGAAGAUAGUGGCUACGGAAAUAAGCCAAUUCAAGAUUAUCCAACAAAACCAAACGAUGGGUACAAACCUAAACCAGACCCAUAUGGACCUGGGCCAAUAGGACCACCAGACAGACCUUACAGGCCAAACAGACCUUAUUAUGACUAUCCAUCAAGACCCAGUGAAAAACCUAGUUACAGUUACAACAGUCAAUACGCUAGUGGUUACGGUCAGAGUCAAGAAAACUCAAUCCAUUUAGAAAUUUAUGACCCUCCAAGACCUUAUAAGCCAAUGAGACCUUUAAACGACAAGCCAUAUCCAAGCCAAGGUUAUGGUCAAAAUUAUGGCUAUGGAAGCUACUCUGGUCAUCAUUCUUAUGCGCCACCUUCUAACAGUCACUUAGGAUAUGGUCCUAUAGAAUCAGGGUAUGGUCAGAAUUAUAACAGACCUGGAGACGAAAAACCUGACCGACCUUACGGUCAAGGUUCUUACGGAAGUCAGAAUUUUGACCACUCUAGUGGUUACGGUCACAAACCUCAAAAUUCUAAACCAUCGUAUAGCAACCAAGGGUUUUAUGGUCAAAACAAUUUUGCUGGUGACCAUGGUGGGUCAAGCUAUGGUGGCCAUCGACCAUCUUAUGGUCAAGAUGACAAACCAUAUGGUGUCAAUGAUAGACCUUCAUAUACCAGUCCUAAACCUUCUUAUGGUAUAAGUCAUGAUAGUCCCUCUUAUGGUAGUACCCAAAGACCUCCUUAUGGGGAUACUCAAGGAAAACCAUCCUAUGGAGCUCAGACACCAUCUUAUGGGAAUCAAGACCCAAACAGACCGGACGCAAAUGAUAAACCUUAUGGGAGUAAUCAGAAUGGUCAAAGUGAUUACAAGCCCAGUCAGAAGCCUAAUGAGACCUAUAGACCUGAUGUUAGACCGGUAUAUGAAUAUGAAUUAGAAAAACCUGGAAAUGUGCCUAGUUACAUUGUGAAACCUAAUGGUGAUGUGAUCACUUCAAGACCUGUGAGUGUAGGUGAUUAUGGGAAACCAGGGUAUGGGGAUCCAAGCUACGGGGAUAAGCCAGGAUAUGGCAAGCCAGGUUAUGUGUAUGGGGAAAAACCAGGGUACGGAGAAAAACCACAGUAUAGUGGGUAUGGAGAUAAGCCAGCAUAUGACAGACCAUCGUAUGGAAGUAGCAAUAGCUAUGGGUCUAAACCAGGGUAUGGGGAUAAACCUGGAUACGAAAGGCCAGAGUAUGGUGACAAGCCUGCAUAUGAUAGACCUAUGUAUGGAACUGGAGAUGGUAAUAGACCUGGGUAUGGGCCUAAGCCAGGGUAUGGUGAUAAACCUGAAUAUGAUAAGCCAGAGUAUGGAGUUAAGCCAGAAUAUGGUGGUGGAGACGAUAAUAGACCUGGAUACGGCUCCAAGCCAGGGUAUGGGGAGAAACCUGGUUACGAUACAGAGUAUGGAGAUAAACCGGGGUAUGGAGGAGGGGAUGGUAAUAGGCCAGGGUAUGGAGAUGCAGGAUACAGAGAUCCAGGGAAGCUGGGCAGUUAUAAAGCAGAGUGUCAAGCAUUGAAGGCUCUUCGUGAUAAUGAAAACUUGUUAGUUUUAAGAGCUGAUAAAGGUAACGCUACUGUAGUUAUGGACAGUUCGGAGUAUGAUGGCAAAAUGAAAGCGCUGCUGGCAGACAGGAAGAUAUAUAAGCCAGUUAAAUAUAAUCCAACUGCCAGGGUCACUCGUCGUCUACGAAACCUCAUCAAAGACCACGAGGAUCUUUUUGAAGAGGAUGAAUAUAAUCGGCUAUACAGACCGAAAUCAGUCCAACCGCCCAAGCUAUAUGGAUUACCAAAGGCAUCCUCUCAUCAUCACCCAAGGCACCUACAGUCUGUGAUCGCGUCCUUGGUGAACAGGGCACAUGACUUAUGUGACCCUGAGCACCUGGACGGUGAACUGGCCCAUGUCCAAGCUGUACUGGAGAGGAAUGGAUACCGUGGGAGGAUGAAACGCAAGCCGAAGAGAACGGAGAGACAUCCAGAGGUCAACAGACAACCAGCGUUUCUACCAUAUGUGAAAGGAAUAACGGACAAAAUUGGAGCAGUACUUAAGAAAUUCUCCAUCAAGACUGUAUACAAGCCGUUAUUCAAAGUAGCAGAUCUGUUGCGCAGUCCAAAAGAUGUCAUUCCGUAUCAAAAUCCGGGCGUAUACAAAAUAGACUGUAGCUGCGGAACCUGCUUCCGACGCGUCCUGGCCGGCCGCCGUGCCGUCCGCAGCCACGUCCGACGAGUGGUGCACUGCGAGAGGCUUGAAGACUGUAGGCGCGAGUGUGGUGAAGAAAGGAGGUUCCAUUGCGAGAGCUUCAACUACAGAUUGGACCCCUCAUUCCGCGGCAAAGGCCUCUGCGAGCUGAUGACCAAGCCCAUAGAAGCCUUCGACCUUCGCCGGGACUUCGUUGAUGAUAAGGACUACGACUUUUAUGAGAUAGACCGGAACAGCUUGGAGCCCAACUGCCCCGAGUCUCUAAGAGGACCAGGUCUCCUCCACUCCGGCUACCUGUCUUCCAAACCCUCGCAGCCUGCAGCAGCCUCUUGGGCCCCAAGUUGGGACAGGCUGGACUUCCACGGCUCCAGUCACCAGGACCGGUUCUAUGACGACCGGCAGCCGGGACGGCCCGGUCCGGGACGCGUCGAUCCGGGGCACAGGAGAUAUGAGGAUCAGUUCUACAUCCCAUAUCAGAUUGGCGUAGGCCGUAGCAACGACGAUCAGGCAUGGGGCCAGUACGGUGGUGUGUACGGUGGCGACACCUAUUACAAGAACCGGAACGACUAUCACAAGUCCAUCAACUAUUGGCGAUUAUCCACAGACUCGGAUCUUGAGCAAGGCGUCAGACCCUGGGGCUUCAAAACGGACUUCAACUACAACGACCUCCGAAGAGACGGAGACGACGAGAUCCAUCCCUACUCCUACGGGUCCUGGAAGAGAGGAAGGUGGAACAAUUCGGGUACGGGGAACGGACUGGACUAUGGGGAGUCCAACUACUAUAAGCCGAGUUAUGGACCUCCUAAGAAAGGGCCAGAGUGCACAUCCGAGCGUCGCCCCGGCCUCUCCCUAAGCACGGGCUCCAUCAGAAGAUCUCUCCUAGCCCACAACGUCCUUGAAUGUGAGGCGGCCUGCUUCGAGGAGAGAGACUUCAAAUGCGUCUCCUACAGUUAUCGGUACUCCAACUCACAUGGUUCUGACAACUGCUUCCUGAGCGAACGUCCUUACAGAGGACUCGACUUGGCUACAGAUAGUGGAUCUGAUGUGUAUGCAAUGCCACAGGACUGUGCUGUGUCCGUAUCCCAUAGACCUUGGGUUGAGAGCGAAUGCUUCUGGCACGUCCGUUCCGGCGUGGCAGUGUCUGAGACUAUCGCCAGGGCGGCGAUAACGGUGACCGGUCUUGGUGCGUGCGAGGCUGAGUGCAUCAGAGCGCAGGGAUUCUUCUGUAGAGUGUUCAGCUUCAGGUUUUCCGCCCCUACAAUAGGCGAAGACCUCCCCAACUGCAUCCUAACCACAUCGCCCCCCACUUCCCUCUCCGCCGGGCGGGGGCUACGCCCCUCUAAGGGACAUGAGCUGUACGCCAGGGGAAACUAUGGAAGGGGCUGCGAGCCGGCCCUGUUUGAUUAUACUGCUGUCAGCGAACCCAAGAAAGAAUGCUACCUCCAAUACGACAACGCCGCUAAGCUGAUAGGGUCAGCUAUUAAGGGUCACGCUAGGGUCCGAGAUGAACAGUCCUGUGGAAUAGCCUGCACUGACGCCCCUUUCAGAUGUCUCAGCUUUUCUUUCAACAACAUCGCUCCUCCCGGAGUGGAUAACUGCCUCCUCUCCGAGAUCCGUCUCUUCGACCUGCAGAAGGGAGUAGACUACGAACACUCCACUGACGACUGGCUCUUCGCCUUUGAUCUCUUCAACGGACAGUGUUGGAGGAAGGUGCAUGGGAAGGAUUUUGAUGACCACCCAGGAGAGCUGCCGAGGCCGUUAUUACCACCUGUCCAGACAUAUCCGGUAGACCGACCGGACGCUAGUGGGCCCAGCUAUUUACCAGCUCCUGAAGUUCCACCGUACAUCUCUGGCCCACCAUCAGGCCCACCGUCCGGCCGACCAUCCGGCCCAUCCGGCCCACCGUCCGGCCCAUCCGGCCCAACAGGCCCAUACCCCGAAAAACCUUACAUAGACCCCGGAUUCAAACCUAGCUACCCUUACCCAGACCCUAGACCUGAAUACCCUAACUACAAACCUUUUGAGCCCUACCUUCCAUCUAGUCCUGGGUCUGGGUAUCCAGGGUCAGGGUAUGAGAAGCCUGGAUAUCAGCCUAUAGAUAGGCCUGGGUAUAGGCCAGAGGGUAGGCCAGUACGGCCUAUUGAAAGGCCUUAUCCUGGUGAGAAAGAAGAGGGACCGAUUGCAGUAUCCUGGAGCAAAUACACCGUGUCGGGAUUCCCGUGUCGGGCUGGGACCACUUGUGCCCAGAACCACGUGGCUGGUCACUGGGCCUGCGAGCCAGAGGGGGGGGAAGUAGGAUCUUGGGACUACUGUUGCGCUCCAAGCCAUCGGUGUGGAUACAGCGAAGGAUUUAGCAAGCCUUGGUGUUACGUCGGACCAGAAAACGACCAAUGGCGUCCAUGUAGUGAAAAAUACUACCCGUACCAUCAGCAUAAUGUACCACAUCCAUCCCAGGGUCACAGAGAGCCCCCCUCCCGCCUCCCAGGCAGACCGUGGUCUGGCAGACCGGGCCACUUUGCCGACGACAGAGACAAGCCUAUGCUGGGCCCGUACAUAUCGGAGGAAGACAGAAAAUACUGGGACGACUUGUACAAAGACGGUCCAAAGGCGUAUUACGACCAAUAUGGAAAUCCUUUACCUGGCUACACCCGCGUGCCAGCCAUAUCCCGCCCGCACAUCAAGUACCACCACAACUACCCGCGCCCCGGCACCCACUGGGCGCCGCUGGCGCCCGAGGCCCCCCAGGAGCUGGACCCGCCGGUGCCUGGAGGUCUUGGGGUUCCAAGAUAUUGGCCAGUUGCAUACCUCCACAAGGGUCCCCCGCCGAAUAUAACUUACUUUAAAUUCAAUGAAUCGACUCCUACUACUGAAAAACAUGGUUUCUACCCGGAGAGACCCGAAAGACCUAGACCCGAUAGACCAAAUAGACCAAACGAAAUAGAUAGAAAUGAUAGACCAGAGCCACCAAGAACAAAACCAGGCGAGUUUGUUAAAAUCAAUACUGACAAACCAAAUAAUGAUAUAGAUAUAAAGAGUCAUAGGGAUGAAAAGACAAGAAACAUUGUCAAUAUUACUGAUAAUGUUCAAGAACAAAUAGAAAAAGCUGAAACAACUACACCUAAAAUAGAAAUAAAAUCAAAAGAGGAACCAGAAGAAAAGGCAGUGAAAGAAGCUAAAGUUAACAGUUCUGAUGUAGAAAUAGUUAAACCAGUUAUUGUUAGCAAAGAUAAUGAUAAAUUAAAAGGAAUCGAUGAUAAACUAGAAGAUUUGACUGAAUCCAUUGAAGUUUUGGACAUAGAAGACGCUAAAAAAGGUGAAAAGGAAUCUGAUUUGAAAACGUUAGAAGCAGAAGAAAAACAAAUUGAAGCUAUCGGUAGACUGCUAGCUUCACGGCGCCGUGGUCAACUAAUCAUAGAAAAAAGAUCCCAAAAAGACUUGGAAUCUAAAAACAUAGCUGUUGAUAAAGACCUAGUCGAUUUCAACUUUGGUAAUCGAUUCCCCACUACAGAAAGGAGAGGGAUAAUUCAAAAAGUUACAAAAGAAGAGAUAGAAAGAGAGAAAAACAAUGAUAGGAGCUUGGAAGUGAGUGAGACAACAUUCGUGAGGCCACCGAGGGUAUUAAGCACAACAGAAAACAUAAGGAAAGCGAUUGUCAAUGGAAAAGUCUUUUACGAUGCUACAAUAAGAGAGCAAAGAGAUAUUUUCAACAACGCUACAAGAAAACCUAGAAAUUUUCGACAUCUAGAGGAAAAUAGAGCACCGUCAGUUUUCAGUAGUAAUAACUAUGGCAAGAAAAAGACAAUUAAAGCAAGAAAUGUAAAUCCCGUAAGAAGAGUUCGUAGGGUUUAUAGAAAGAGGUAUAAUCCAGAGGAAGUGAGAAAGAGAUUGUUGGAAAGAGAGAAAAGUUUGAAAGAGGCUAAAGAAGUGAAAGCGUAAUAAUUCAGAUAUAUAAUAAUUAUAUCGAAUUAAGGUAUAAGAAUGAAAGUCGUUGUAGAGAAUUACAGUUUGAAGUUUAAGUUUAGUUCGUAUCUAUGGAAAUACAGAUCUGCUUAAGUGCUUAGUUGUUAUUAAGUAAGUAUUUUAUUAAUAAGGGAUUUUGGAAAGAUAUUCACGGUUUUAAAUUGUCAGUUUGACCACAAAACUUUAUUUUUGAAUUUGUAAUGCAAAAUAGGUGCAAAGGUGUAGACAGCAUUUGCCCUUUCAACUUUACAGUGAAUCAUUGUACACUUUAAAGGUAUCAUUCCAUUUACGACAACAUUAUAACGCAGCAUUGCUGCCGACUGCAAGAAAUGUCAAUUAUCUAGAACAUCGAUAUUGCAAUUUGCAUUUCUAUUGCUGCAGCAAACAUCUAAUUUAAUAUCCUUGAAUAAAUGACCUUUUCUUGCAGCAAUGCCGUUGACAGAUUGCUGCCAAUGCAGUAAUUGCAGAGAUAUGCUGGUCCGAAUCCAUUCGUAUUAUUACCUUUGCAUCAAUGUGAGGUUUUUGUGUCAAAUUGACGAUGAAAGAAAUUAUAAGAUUAAUUAGUACCUAGAUGUUAAGUAAUAUUUAUUAUUAAAACGUAAAUAUUUUUGCACUACCUUUUGCCCUCGACUUCGGCUGCGUAGAGUUAGUAACAGCAGCUAGAGUAAGUAUAGCGCCUGGAUAAAGUGUAAUAGCAAUCAUUCAAUUUGAGCAUAAGCUUAAUUUCUUACAAUAAUUAUCAGGCAAUUCAUUAACUCUCUCAAUUCCACCCCCCUUUUCAUCACUUGAUCUCAUUUUUCAUGAUUUUCGACAUAAAAACUAUCCUAUGUCCUUCCCCGGCACAAAAACUAUAUCUAUGCCAAAUUUCAACUAAAUCGGUUCGGUUUAAGCUUGAACAGGUAAUAGACAGACAGACACACUUUCGCAUUUAUAAUAUUAUAUAAUAUAUGGAUAUACAAUUUGUUGGAAGGAGAUAGACCACUUUCACAACAUACAUAGUUUUAUGCAAUGGAUAUUUGGAUAUGUCUAAUUUCCACUACUUUUUGAAUAUGAAAACGUAGUGGAUAUUAGCAAUUAAACAACAGUUGUUUAUUAUGUUCAUAUUCAAUUACACAAACGGGUCUACCGAGAUGUAAUUUCAUUGUUAUUACCUUAAAUUUCGACGUUUCAGCUGAGUUGCACCAGCUGUGGUCACGGAAAGACUGACGUCCCAGCAAAUGUCAAAGCUAAUAUAAAUAAAACAACACUAAACUACCCUUUUGUGUAAUUAAAUAUGUGUACAAAACGCGAGACUUAAAGUGUUCUAUUGUAUCAGCAUAAAUCACAUUACUUCUAAGCAAAUAGAAGACUUGCAAAGUAUAAUCGUUAAUCAAAUCUUGGUAUAUAUUUGUUUUAUAUUUUCAACUAUUUAUUUAUAAAAGUAGUAAAUCGAUUUAGGUUUAUACCCAUAGUAUUUUAUUUAUUUUUAAUAUCAAAGAUUUUUAUACGAAUCCUUAGAACACAAUAGUUUGAUGAGUUUGAUGGCAAUAAAGUUAUAUUUGUACGUAAAUUAAUAAGGAAAUUUAUGUGAUUUGUCAUGGUUACCAGAAAUUCGAAAUUGAAAGUUACCUGUAAGAAUUAUUGUAAUAUUUAUAGUUAAGU